AUGUCGAAUGCAGGGUAUCUUCUCAAGUCAAUUUACUACAAGAAUCUAGCUGCGUGGGAGAUGGAGAUGCAUUGGAAGCGAACACCGCCGGCACCGGAGCAUCUUGAGUUCCAGACGGCGAAGGGGGGAGAUAUUAUGACGCGGACAGCGGAAAACUAUACGCCGGCGAAAGAGGAUACACGGGCAGAUUCAGAGUCUCCUAGACCUGUGCUUAGAAAUUUGCGGGCAGCACCAACACCUCGAACGUUUUAUCAGCCAGAAGAUCGAUUAGUACAGACACGGACAGCACUACAGCUCCAGGCACAGGCGCAGCUCCAGGCACAGGCGCAGGCACAGCCAUUCUCUACACACUUUGCAACCUCAACGUUCCCGGAAGACUCCAACCAUCAAUUACAGCCACAGCCUGUUAUCACACCAGCCAAUGCUCAUGCGCUUGAGUACUUGAGAAAUAGUAGCUACGGAUCACAAAAUGGAGGAAAAAUAGGAGCGGGGAUUCAGGGCGCUCCAUUCAUGGUCAGAAUUGCUCUUGCACUUAAAUCAGGACUGAUAUCUGAAUUGGACUGGGCCUUGCACCAUCUCGUUCGGCUAUCGUAUGAACAGGGCAAUAAUCUUCGAUUCGACAGAAUCCCUGACUUGGCUGAAACGCUGAUUAAAAAACUCUACGAGUUUUUGAAACAAGUAUCGGGGAAAGAUGGCACCAUGACUCAUGAAAACAUAUUUAAUGAAGACAACGAUGACUGGUCUAUGGACCAUGAAUUCACGAAGACACUAGACAAGAUGCUGGAGGCGGCACUUAUUCUUCGCAACCUUGCAUUGCUUUCUGACAAUGCAAGCUAUUUGGCUCGGCUAGAAAUGACCCUUCCUACACUCGUUUUGGGCAUCCAAAAAAUGAACGACUUUUCCUCUGUAGAACUAAAACACUACUGCAUGGACAUCAUCGAGGCCGUCAGCUUCUAUACUGUCAUAAGCGACGAAAAGGACGACCUUUAUCUAAACCUCUGUGAACUUUUAAACCCUUGCACGCCUGGCUCUCCACGACCUCAACAACCGCUUGUUGCAGAACAUCCCUCCCCCCGUAUUCGAGAGAAUACGGCUCCUCCUAAGCCUCGACGACGAAGAACUCCUGGGCUCUGCUCUCGACUUUAUUUACCAGUACACAACAUACAAGGCCAACACCCUAAGCAUACUCGAGCUCGACGACGUGCAGGACCUCGUCGACCAGCUGGUCAGGCUGAUGAUGUUCCAAGCACAGGAAAAGGAAGUCCACCUUUCCCUCUCAACAGACAUCAAGCAACUUAUCCCCCUCGGCCCUCCUUCCCUCCCCGCCGAGAUCGUUCAGGAGCUCCUGGGCUUCGGCGAGCCCGACAGAGCCAUUAA